AUGCAAUUCAAAUCCAAGAUAGCGUCAUGGUCUUCAACUAGGCUUUCCCAUCGGAUGUUCAUUUAUCAAACGAGAAAAAUAAUGACUCAUGAUAGUAAGCUACAUAGUGCAGCAUAUUCCAUUUCUGAAAAGCUAUUGUUGUUGUUAAAGCAAUGCAAAUUCAUCAGGCAAGUUCAACAAAUUCAUACCCAAAUGCUCAUCCACUCUAUUGAGAAACACAAUUUUCUUCUCUCUAAAGUCAUUGAGCUUAAAGACUUCAACUAUUCAUUGCUCAUUUUCACCCAUCUUCGGAAUCCCAAUGGCUAUGCUUUCAACAUAUUCAUCAGAGGGUUAACUACAACGUGGAAAAAAUUUGAUUCUGCAUUAAACUUCUUCUACAAGAUGAAGUAUUUAGGCCUAAAGCCUGAUAACUUUACCUAUCCUUUUGUCUUCAUAUCUUGUGGAAACCUCGGAGCUUAUGAUCAUGGUAGAUUAGCCCAUUGUGGAGUUUUGAAAGGUGGACUGUGGUUGGAUUUUCACGUAUGCCAUUCUUUGAUUACAAUGUAUUCAAGGUGCAGCCAGUUAGGUUUUGCACGAAAAGUGUUUGAUGAAAUGGAACUUAGAGAUUUGGUGUCAUGGAAUUCGAUGAUAUCAGGGUACUCAAAGAUGGGUUUUGCUAGAGAGGCAGUGGUGCUGUUUGAUAGUAUGACAGAUCAACAGGUCGUACCUGAUGAGAUGACUUUAGUGAGUGUUCUUGGAGCUUGUGGAGAUUUGGGUGAUUUGGAGUUGGGGAGGUCUGUUGAGUAUUAUGUCACUAAAAACAAGAUGACAUUGAACUCUUAUAUCGGCUCAGCUUUGAUUGACAUGUAUGGCAAAUGUAGAGAUUUAUGUUCGGCACGGAGGAUUUUUGAUACUAUGGGGAUGAAAGAUUCAAUCACUUGGAAUGCUAUGAUCACAGGAUAUGCACAAAAUGGCUAUUCAGAUGAAGCAAUUUCGUUAUACAAAGACAUGAAAGCUGCAGGAGUGAAGGUAGAUAGAAUAACUAUGGUUGUAGUAUUAUCUGCAUGCGCAUCUGUUGGAGCUUUGGAGAUUGGAAAACAUAUUUUCGAGUAUGCUCUACUACAUGACUUAAAGCAUGACAUAUAUGUAUGCACUGCCUUGAUUGACAUGUUUGCGAAGUGUGGGAAUCUGGAUUAUUCAUUCCAAGUUUUUGAAAACAUGACAAGGAAAAAUGAAGUAUCCUGGAACGCAAUGAUAUCGGCACUUGCCUUUCAUGGGCGAGCGCAAGAGGCUAUAUCACUCUUCAAUCGCAUGGUACGAGGAGGUGGUGCCUCUCCAAAUGAUAUUACAUUCAUUAGUGUACUCUCUGCUUGCGUGCAUGCUGGAUUGGUUGAUGAAGGAUGCCGAUUGUUUGAAUUAAUGAGCUCAUCAUUUAGUAUAACUCCCAAAAUAGAGCAUUACUCUUGUGUGGUGGAUUUGUUAUCUCGUGCUGGUCGAGUGUAUGAAGCUUGGGACUUCAUUGAGAAGAUGCCUGUAAAACCAGAUGAAGUUCUUUUAGGAUCACUCCUAGGAGCCUGUCACAAAAUAAGAAAUAUCGAUGUUGGUGAGCGUGUGACGCAGCUUCUCCUGGAGAUGGAGCCUUCAAACUCUGGCAAUUAUGUGAUUUCGUCCAAGUUGUAUGCAAAUGAACGCAGAUGGAAUGAUUCAGCAAGGGUACGAUUGUUGAUGAGACAGAAAGGGGUGACAAAAACUCCAGGUUGUAGCUGGAUUGAGACAGACUCUCAACUUCUUGAAUUUCAUGCUGAUGAAUAUUUACACUAUGCUCAAGAGCUUUAUCGAGUGUUGAACUCGCUCUACGAGGAGAUGAGUUUUGAAUGCCACUUGUCAGAUGAAGAUAUUUAUCUAGUAGAAGAGUAAAACAUAUCACAUUACCAGGUAACCUAUUGUUUUGAGAGGAUGCACUUCUUGUUUUAGUGUGUUUAAAACUUGAAAAGCAAAAGAACCCUAUUCUCAGGCAGUAUCAUGUUUUUUGGCUUUAGUAUGAAAUCAUCUGCAACAGAGGAACAAUAGACUCUGGAGAAACUUGUCUUCAACAGAUUAAAUAGUUAGAAAAAAAUUUACACUAAGGCUUGUAAGGGGGCCGCUCUUUAGAAUGAUUCUGUUUUAAAAGAGGAACAAAAGAAUGACAUGUCAAUCUUGAAUAUCUUUGUUGUUGAUAUUAGCUCUCUUUUCGAUAUUCAGAUUGCUGAGCUGGGCUAACGCGAAAAAUGUAUUGGCUCAGGACUGUUUGUUCUCUGCUUCCUAUAGUUCUGCGGAAUAUGUGUCAAUGCAUGUAAACUUGAGUUAAUGGAAGUCCUAUUGAGAGGGCAUGUUGUUUAUAUACUAGUGUACUACCAAAUUAGAAUUCCCAAGCAAGAAAUCCGUACUUUAGAUAAAAAGCUGACUAGUACUUGCACUACAAAGUUGAGGAUGCAGAUUAGCUAGCAUUGAUAACCUCUAAAGGACUAAUGAGGCCAAAAAAAUGUCUAACAACUCACAACAUGAAAAGGUUUUCAGCAACAAGUGACCAUUUCCAAUUAGUGGUGUAUGAGAGCCUUAAGAAUCUCUUAGAACAUGGUUGCUGACUCUGAUUGAUUUCAGCUUUUCAUUUUUUUUGGCAUUCUAAUUUAUUAAGCUCUAGUUGAUGUCUGAUUUUUUAGCAGAUAGUGAUGCGGUAUAAUGGAUGAAG